UCAACUGUCUAGCACUAGAAUGCCUAGCAUUGGAUUCUCUGAUUGACCAUGGAGCUUUGUGGAAUAUUACAUGUGUUGGUUGAUCACAUAACUGAUCAUAGGCCUACUGAUUCCCUCUCUUCUUCACUCUCAGGACUGCUAUCAACACCAAAUCUGAUUCAGCUACCUCAGCAAAACAAUGGGAGCCUCCUGUCCGCUCCCACCAGGCUGGGGCUCCAAGCACAGGUAGGCCCACUGAGGAAACACCCAGGCUUUGAGAGAGGCUACAGUCUCUGACUCUUUCCAACAAACAUCUCGUCUCAUCAUUCGGUCAUAUCCAGUAAACGCCUCUCUUCUGCUACAUAAUUCUCUCUCUCUUUCGCUCUCCCCCUCUCAUUCUCUUUCUCCUCCUCCCCCUCUCCCCCUGUAGAGAGACAAGGCAAUGGAGGGCAGUGGGGUCAUGACCUCUGUGUCCUCUGUGACCUCUCACCCCGAGGAGCCCAGUGACCUGGAGGAACUGGAGGUGUUCGCCCGCACCUUCAAACAGAGACGCAUCAAACUGGGCUUUACACAGGUACGCCUUUCUGUGUGUGUGUGUGUGUGUGUUCGUGUGUGCGUGUGUGUGCUAACUCUCUGUUUUACUCCCUCCCUCUCUCUCUCAGGGUGACGUGGGUAUGGCCAUGGGGAAGCUAUAUGGGAAUGAUUUCAGCCAGACUACCAUCUCUCGCUUCGAGGCCCUCAACCUGAGCUUUAAGAACAUGUGCAAACUCAAACCACUACUGGAGAAGUGGCUCAAUGAUGCAGGUGAGAGGGGAGGGUGGGGGAUGAGAGAGAGGAGAGGGAGGGAGGGGAGUGGAGGGGCGGGGAGAGAGGAGAGGGAGAGGGAGGAUGGGAGGGGAGGGGAGGGGAGGGAAUUGGUGAAGGAGAAAGGUGUAUGACACUUUGAAUCAAUCAAUAAAUCAGUUGAUUAAUUAACCAAUCCCCAAAUUGCACUAAUCUGUAGAAUGAAUGUAGCCUUGAGUUAAUUAAAUUAUAUCUGUAGAAUGAGGAUACCAGUUUGUGUGAUUUUAAAUCAACCCACUAAUCAAUCUCUCUGUUUGACAGAGACCAUGUCCACAGACAGUACUAUGCCCAGCCCCAGCUCUCUGUCCUCUUCCUCUAUGGGCUUUGAGGGCCUGCCGGGCCGACGCAGGAAGAAGAGAACCAGCAUCGAGACUAACGUCCGCGUGGCCCUGGAGAGAGCCUUCAUCACGGUGAGAGACAUGACAUAUCACUGACAUAAGGCCUUCAUAACACUAUCAUACAGGAGUCAUAAAUCUUAAGUUGACAUAACAUCUACAUGGCUCGUUCCGUAGUUUUUCCCCUCUGAAGAACACUAUAUCACUGUGAUGUCAGUGAGGUGAUAUAAGGCUAAGUGUGUAUUAGUACUAAUGUGUCCAUCUCUGUCUCUCCCGUGUGUCAGCAGAACCAGAAGCCUACCUCAGAGGAGAUCCUGUGUAUCGCGGACCAGCUCAGCAUGGAGAAGGAGGUGAUCCGCGUGUGGUUCUGCAACCGCCGCCAGAAAGAGAAGCGUAUCAACCCCAACAGUGCCACCCCUCCCCUGCCUGGCCAGCCACCCCAAGCCCCACCAUCACACAAACCCCCCUGCUACAGCCCACACAUGGUAUGGCCUGACCUGCACCCAGCCUCUCCCUUCUUACACCCCCCAUAUAGCCUUACAUGGUAUGGCCUGAGCCGCAUGAUCCCUCUCUCCUAACCUUACCCAUCACAAUUCUCCCCCCUAUAUGAAUGUUGACUCCCGCAUGUCAAAUAAAAUAAAAUAAACUGUUAUUUGCCACAUGCGCCGAAUACAACAGGUGUAGACCUUACAGUGAAAUGCUUACUUACAAGCCCUUAACCAACAAUGCAGUUUUAAGAAAAAUAAGUGUUAAGUAAAAAAUUAAUAAAUAAAAUAAUUAAGGAGCAGCAGUAAAAUAAAAUAACAGUAGGGAGGCUAUAUACAGGGGGUACCGGUACAGAGUCAAUGUGCGGGGGCACAGGUUAGUCGAGGUAAUUGAGGUAAAAUGUACAUGUGGGUAGAGUUAAAGUGACUAUGCAGCUCAGUUGGUAGAGCAUGGCGCUUGCAACGCCAGGGUUGUGGGUUCGAUUCCCACGGGGGACCAGUAUGAAAAAAUGUAUGCACUCACUAACUGUAAGUCGCUCUGGAUAAGAGCGUCUGCUAAAUGACUAAAUUGUAAAAUGUAAAAAAUUAUAAACAGAGAGUAGCAGCAGCGUAAAAGGGGGGAAGGCAAUGCAAAUAGUCUGGGUAGCCAUGAUUAGCUGUUCAGGAGUCUUAUGGUUUGGGGGUAGAAGCUGUUAAGAAGCCUUUUGGACCUAGACUUGGCGCUCCGGUACCGCUUGCCGUGCGGUAGCAGAGAGAACAGUCUAUGACUAGGGUGGCUGGAGUCUUUGACAAUUUUGAGGGCCUUCCUCUGACACCGCAAGGUAUAGAGGUCCUGGAUGGCAGGAAGCUUGGCCCCAGUGAUGUACUGGGCUGUACGCACUAUCCUCUGUAGUGCCUUGCGGUCGGAGGCCGAGCAGUUGCCAUACCAGGCGGUGAUGCAACCAGCCAGGAUGCUCUCGAUGGUGCAGCUGUAUAACCUUUUGAGGAUCUGAGGACCCAUGCCAAAUCUUUCCAGUCUCCUGAGGGGGAAUAGGCUUUGUCGUGCACUCUUCACGACUGUCUUGGUGUGUUUGGACCAUGAUAGUUUGUUGGUGAUGUGGACACCAAGGAACUUGAAGCUCCCAACCUGUUCCACUACAGCCCCGUCGAUGAGAAUGGGGGCGUGCUCAGUCCUUUUUUUUUUUCCUGUAGUCCACGUUGAGGGAGAGGUUGUUAUCUUGGCACCACACGGCCAGGUCUCUGACCUCCUCCCUAUAGGCGGUCUCAUUGUGAUCAGGCCUACCACUGUUGUGUCGUCAUCAAACUUAAUGAUGGUGUUGGAGUCAUGCCUGGCCAUGCAGUCAUGGGUGAACUGGGAGUACAGGAGGGGACUGAGCACGCACCCCUGAAGGGCCCCCUUGUUGAGGAUCAGCGUGGCAGAUGUGUUGUUACCUACCCUGUCAUGGUGGAUGUUCUUCUGCACCCCCUGUUCUAGUGUGCAGAUGGUACUACCCAACCUGCAUUGCUAUUACACAUUAAUAAUCCCAUUGAUCCCGUUUUCUAUUAGAUACAGCUAUGUAUAGACACUCUUUUAAAUAUACACUCUCCCCCUCUUUUUCUCUUUUUCUUUCUCGCUCCCCCUCUCCCUCUCCUGUUCUCUGUAUCAGAUGUCCAGUCAGCUGUCCAGUCAGCUGUCCCAGGCAGUGACCAGCCUCAGCACCACAAUGACCACCAUGUCAUCGUUCUCCCCUCUGACCCCCAGUGGUCCCACCCACUCAUCUCUCAGCUCCGCCUCCUCUCCAGUGACUCCUCCUCCUCGCAGCACAGCCAGCCCAGCCCCUCACAGCCACAGCACACUGAGUCUCAACACAGGGUGAGGAUGCACCUGCAUACAAAGUGUACACUUUGGUCACUGUGCUUCACCAUUGGUUCAGUACUCGGUUCACCUGCAGUUUGCAGCAAAUGUUUAUCAAACCCACACACACAUGAUUGACACACACUGAUCCGUGACACUGCUCCUUCUGUGCAGCAGUACUUUCUAACCUGUGUGUGUGACUGUGUGUUUUGUGUCCACAGCUUAUGGCGUAUGGGUAAAAAGAACGGUGACGUGUCUAACUACAUCACCGAUUUUGCUGCAAACUUGAGGUGAAUACGACAGAGACACACGUACACACUCUCUCUUACAGGAAUAUGAUCGUCCGCACACAAACACAACGUCCACAAGCAAGCGUUUGGAUUUGUAGCUCCCAAACAAGAUAUGAAUCAAGAUGGUGUGUUUGUAUCUAACCUGUGGGUUUCUCCUGCAGUGUGUCUGUGUUCAGGUCUCUGAGUCUCUGUUCUGUUGUGCUGCUAAACCUGCUUCUCUCUCUCUGUUUCUCCUCUGUAUGUAAAUGGUUUCCUCCUGUGUGUGUGUGUGUGUGUGUGUGUGUGUGUGUGUGUGUGUGUGUGUGUGUGUGUGUGUGUGUGUGUGUGUGUGUGUGUGCGCGUGUAACACAGGAACACUGUGAUGGGAGUAAACACAGGGAACCAGGCUCUGAACCAAGCUCUCCUCAGCAACAACCCUCUGGCUACUAUACAAGGUGUGUUAGAGGGAGAUAGAGGUGUAGAGGGAAGGAGGGAAAAGAGAGGAAGAGGGAAAUAAAGGAGGAAGUGAGAGAGACAGGGGGAGAGAAAGAGGGAACAGGAGGGACAGUAAUUUGAGGUACAAAGUGAUAGAAAAGGUAAAGAAUACUAGACAGAACGAAUGACAGAGAUGAUUAGAGAGGGAGAGUUAGAGUAGAGGAGAUGAAUCAUAGUGAUAGAUCAUCUGAUGGAGGGAACUGGUGAGCAGGUCUAUGACAGGGAUGUCCCAUCACUCCACCAUGUUCAUCCCCAUCCCCAUCUAGAACUGUGUAUGUGUGUGUGUGUGUGUGUGUGUGCGUGCGUGUGUGUGUGUCUUUAGUCUGUCUUUCAUGAUUUUUCUCUCAUUCAUCCACUUCUUCAUUUCAUCUCUAUAGUAAAUGUAGUUAUUUCACAGUAGGUAUAAUGACGUUAACUCUCAUCUCUCUCCCUCUCUUCUCAGCCCUAGCAGCCAGUGGUGGCCAGCUGCCCCUUUCCAGUCUUGAGGGGGGCAGUAAGGUGUUGCUGGGGGGUGCAGGGGGGCAGGGAGGGGGUCUCCAGUCCUCCUUCUUCCUCAACCACCCCGCUUUCCUCCACAUGGGCCAGAAUCCUGGUGCUGGAUUGGUCAGUGCUGCCUUAGCCAAAGCCUCCCAGCCCUCCCCCUUCCCCUUCACCAGCAGCGUAAGCCCCACCCCCUGCUCCCCCUCUCCUUGCUCCAGCCCCGCCUCUUCCUGCAACUCCGAUGA